AUAUUGCCAAAAGUAUUGGGACACCCCUCCAAGUCAUUGGAUUCAGGUAUUCCAAUCACCUCCAUGGUAUCCACCUCCACAGGUGUAUGAAAUCAAGCACCUAGGCAUGCAGACUGCUUCUACAAACAUUUGUGAAAAAAUGAGUCGCUCUCAGGAGCUCAGUGAAUUCAAGCGUGGUACCGUGAUAAGUUGCCACCUGUGCAAUAGGUCCUUCCAUGAAAUUUCCUAGCUACUAAAUAUUCCAAGGUCAACUGUUCAUGGUAUUAUAACAAAGUGGAAGCAACUGGGAACAACAACAACUCAGUCAUGAAGUGGUAGGCCAUGUAUAAUGAGAGAGCGGGCUCAUCACGUGCUAAGAGCACAGUGCGCAGUCAACCUUGUCAACUGUAUGCAGAGUCAGUAGCUAAAGACCUCCAAACUUUGGCCUUCAGAUUAGCACAACAAAGAGAGCUUCAUGGAAUGGAUUUCCAUGGCCAAGCAACUGCAUUCAAGCCAGUGCAGUGGUGUAAAGCACACAGCCACUGGACUCUAAAGCAGUGGGAGAUCUGGCACUCCAAUGGACGUGUCUAGAACAGUACUUGCCUGACUGCAUUGUGCAUUGUGUAAAAUUU